UCCAUAUGAGAGAUAUUCAGCGAGGUGGUGUGGAAGCGACUCUCAACCAUUGAGUACUGCUGCCCUCUACCCCACGAUUUUUCGGGUUUUAUAAUAUAUUUUCUUGGCUGAAACAGGCGGUUAUCAACGUCGAGAGACAUCCAGGAUGAAGCAAAGCUGAGUGGAACUGUUAAAUGUGGAGGUAAAGAGUGGUGAGAGUCGUGGUAGCCAGUCAUGAAGACUCCCACCAUCCACUUACACUAUAUAUAUAUUUCCGCUAUUAACCAGUCUUAAUUACCUUUCAAACUCCUGAAAUAUAUCGAAAUUUUGCAGUCAAGUACUGUGAUAACUAUGAAACCCUAAAGGAAACCUAGGAACAACCUGAAUUGGAUUGGUAUAAAAAAUAUCUGCCAUGUAUACAAUGGAGGAUCAUAUCGUAGGUCAGUCAGUCCCAGAGAAUUCUGAAGCCAAGGACUCGACUCCUGUCUUCAUCUCUCGUCAGUCUGUGCUGUUCAGGAAACCUUCUAAAAAGCUCGGUUUUCUGCAGCUGCAAAGAAAUCGUGAAAUUGAGAGUCCAACUACAACACUCAGAAGGUCCAGAUUUGGACCGCAGGCUGCCAGUUGAGUAGCCUUGGUGUAGACUAUAGUGAACACAAAUGAGGCUCUUUACAGCUGUGAUGAUUCUAUUUACGGAUAUCAGUUGGCAGAGUUUUUCAAGGCACAACCAGAUGACUCUCUCACUGGUAGGUCGACUUGGAGUUGUAAAAGAGUUGGAGUGUCACAGAGGAUGUGUAAACUGCAUUGAAUUUAAUACGGAAGGCAGCUUAUUGCUGUCUGGGUCCGAUGACUAUGAUGUUACACUUUGGGAUGUUUAUCGACAAAAGCAGUUGAAGAAAUUAGCUACUGGUCAUAGGGGUAAUAUUUUUUCUGUUAAGUUUGUACCUCAGAGUGGAGACAGAAUAAUUAUAUCGGGCGCAGCUGAUGGUCGCAUUGAGGUACGUGAAGUGGACACUGGAGAAGUAACUCAGAUAUGCACUUGUCACCGAGAACGUGUCAAGAGAAUUGCCACAAUCCCAACUUUACCGAAUGUAUUUCUGUCUGCAUCAGAAGAUGGCACCGUUAUGUUGUACGAUAUGCGAGCUCCCCACACAUGCAAUUCACAAAUAAACAAUGUAUUAAUCAACCUCCGAUGCCAUACUGGUCGUACUGCAGAAUGCAAGUGCAUAACUGUUAACCCAACUCGUCCUGAAAUACUUGCAGUUGGAGCCAGUGACCCAUACAUAAGAAUAUAUGACAGACGAAUGAUUAAGUUAACUAGUUUACCGUACCCUCCAGGAGGAAUGUUACAGAGUCAGUGGGAGAGAACUAACUAUGCCAACAGUCAACUUGAUGCCUCAUCAGAUAACCUCCCUCCAGGCUGUGUUCAGUAUUUUGUACCAGGUCAUUUACCAGACAAGUUAAAGGAAUACUACCGUCGCUAUAGGACAUUAGCAACAACUUACUUGACUUACAGUGCAGAUGGCACAGAGCUCCUGGCUAAUUUGGGAGGGGAACAUAUCUACCUCUUAAACCCUGCAAACCCUCAGUAUCCCAGGGUUUACACUGCUAGCGUAACUGCAAAGCAUCAGUUUCAUUCUAAAGAAUCUGAUGGGCCUUCAAAUGGAGUUUGUAAAUCAGUUACUGCUACUACCAAUGGUAUAUCCUGCCACCUCACAGGUGGAGUAGACCGACUGCCUUCAUAUUCAAACGCAUCAGUGCCUCCUCUACCCCCUCAAGCAGAAACGUUGAAGGCCAGGGCUAACCAAGCUUUUGCAGCCGAGAAAUAUAUCACUGCCCUCCAGCUGUAUAAUCAAGCAGCAGAGUUAAGCCCAAAUUCUGCAGUUCUUUAUAGCAAUAGAGCUGCAGCACUAAUGAAGAGAAAGUGGGAAGGUGAUAUAUAUGCUGCAUUAAGGGAUUGCUUCACUGCACUUGACAUUGAUCCACACCAUGUUAAAGCACACUUUAGAUUAGCUCGAUGUUUGCAUCAACUAGGACGAGAGCAAGAAGCAGAGCUUUGCCUUGAGGAAUUCAGAAGGCAGCAUCCUGACCACAGUGCCUCACCUGCAUGUACUUCAUUAGCCCAUGAUAUUGCUACUUCUCUUUUGCACCAGCAAGGAGGAGCUGACACUCCUCGGUCAUCAUCAGGAAAUAAUGGUGAUGGAGACAGUGAUGAGGAAGGGCUCCUUGGUAGUCUUCCAACUCCAAGCAUUCAGGAGCAAGAUUGGCGGUCACGAGCAGCUGACUACUACAAGUCCUAUUGUGGCCACUGCAAUACUACCACAGACAUAAAAGAAGCUGUAUUCCUUGGAAAAGAUGGUCAAUUUAUUGCUGCUGGUUCUGAUGAUGGGAAUUUGUUUGUUUGGGAUCGCCACACAACUAACCUUAUUCGUGUUAUACCUGGAGACGAGUCCAUUGUUAACUGUGUCCAGUGCCAUCCUCACAGCUGUCUCCUGGCGACCAGUGGAAUAGAAUCUGUUGUCAAACUAUGGGCCCCUCUCCCACAGAUGGAUAAUGACAGUGAACCAUUCUUGGAUAUAGAGGAGAUUGCUCAAGCUAACCAGCAACGCAUGCGUGCAGAUCCCUUAGAAAUGAUGCUCAUGCAUAUGGGUAAUAUGGCACACAUGCUUGGUGGUGGCAAUGGGGAGGGAAGAGGGAGUGGAAGACCAGGUCAGGCUAAUGACAACCCUCCAAGAGAUCCAUCCCCUGGGCUCAAUGAUCGCAACAUGGCUGAUGUGCAGUGCCGUACCAGCUGAAACUGAAGUUCCCAACUCUUGUUGGCAAUCUUCUCCAGAAACAAGACUGUGAUGGACUCCACUGACUUAGGUCUGAAUUCUGAAGAACCAUUUACUAAUUUACUUAGGUAUUGUAUGCCACAGCAUUAAGUCAUUAUGAAUAGUAUGGCCAAUUAAAUACCAAAGAAUAAUUCCUGAAAUGGGUAUUUCAGAGUAUGGACCUUUGUUGCAGGAGUCUCCUUAGGUAUAGAUUGUUUAUUAAAUGACUUAGGACAGUAAACAAACUUAACCUAUCCUUUAGUUUAACUAGAGCCUUCCAGACAAGGGGUCUUAAAGAUAUUCAAAUCAUCCCUAAAUUUGCAUUGCAGUGUAAUUCACAAAAAAAAGUACAUACCUAAAAAUUAUUUUAACUCAUCAGAGAUGGAGUGUUCACAGUCUCCAUUGAUAAUUUCAUUUGCUUGUCUUUAUAUAUCAAGUGUUAUCUAUUGUCCAACAAAACGGCUAAUGUUCACCCCUUUCCAUACUCAACACCCAUUAUACCUACUUGUUCUACUUCACAGUUUCCUUGCUUUUCCUGUGUCUAAUUUGCAUCUUGUGUUUUAUAAAGAUUUGUCAGUAAUUUAAUCUUCUCAUGAUUUUUUGUUUUAAAUCACCAGCUGUUUCCCAUCAAGGCAGAGUGAUCCAACAAAAUCACGUUACCCAUCACUUGCUCCCUAGGUGCCUUUCCAUAAAUGGAUGAUAGCAUUUAAUGUAAAGUGCCUUUGUAAUGGAAAUGAAAGUGACAACAGGCCAUAUUAGAAAGGUAUCUGGGAGUAGUAUUAGACACUGGAUUAUCAGAACAGUGAUAACCUUGUAUGCUCCACUCUACUGGCAAAAUUGAAAACAGUUUUCAGAUACAUAAUGUCAAUAUAAAACAAAUAGCAUCCACUUAAGAAAUAUAAAUGAAGACAAACCAUUAACAAGGCCUUCAUUGUUGACCACUUAAUCAACCAGGCUAUUGCUGUCAUUAACCUGAAAAGGCAUCACAACGUGGGUGAUCUAGCACUCUCUUUUCAGGUGUUCAGUUAUGUCUAGAUAACCUCUAACUUUGUUCUUGCAGCAGGUUAGAGUAGGGCCAUGAUGUAGAUGCUAUGAUCUCUGCUUUCACUGGGUUUAUUGUACAGUUCCAUCUCUCUCACCUCAGUAAAUUAUAGUAGCAUACAGAUUUAGGAUUUUUUUUAUUUUCUGUUUAUAUAUUAUCAAGUAUCUCUCCUCCAUUCCAAAGUCAUUUCACAUUCUUUGCAGAGUGCCCAGUAGCUUCAGUGUUCUGUUGAUUAUGUGGACAGUAAAUGACACCUGUACAUUUUCUAGCUCUUACUUCCUGCCUUGAAAGGAAGUGUGCACACACUAUCUUAGAUAUGAGAGCACAAGUGAUUUGAAGAUGUAGUUGCCACAUUAUACCAAUUUCAAAAUGCCUAAUAUUUCCUUGAUAAUAUUUCACUACUUUGCAGUCUGUGACCUCCCACAGUUCAUCUUUAUAUUGCAUACGGUGACUAUGGUCAGACGUUUUUUAUAAAAUUCACGAACUCAGAUUAAAGUGGCUAUUACAAUUGACAUUAUUAUUUCACAAAUGUCACUCUGUGAUCAUUAACUUCUGUUUUGUAACAGCAUUAUAGGGUCAGUACUUUUAGGAAUUAUAAAAAUUUUUAUUUUUAAUACUAUUUGAACUGAAAUACUGGAUCAUCAGUUUCUAUUGCUUUAUGAAAUUAGUGAACAGUUGUAGUAAUCAUUUACAGAACCUAUAACAUGGUAAUUAUUAUUAUAAUAAAAAAGAAUCGCUAAGCCACAAUGGCUAUACAGCGCUAUAACAUGGUAAACAAUCAACAGAAAACAAAAUUUUAGUAGACGAAUGCUACAAAUGUUCAAAAACUAUGAAUGCUGUGAUCAGCUCAUUUUAAUUUUCUCAUCUUCAAGUUUUCUUGUCUCCUCUGAGCAUUUGCCUCAUGUCAAUAGGAUCCGUUUGUGCUUGUUCUCUGCUUUACUGAGUAUACUAGAUUUUUCUAGCAACGAGAAAAUUAAAACGAAAUGAUUACAGCAUUCAUAGUACAGUGGACCCCCCGGUUAUCGUAAUUAAUCCAUUACAGAGAGUGUGACUAAAACUGAAUUUGAGGAUAUCUGAAUUUAUUUUCCCCAUAAGAAAUAAUUUAAAUCCAAUUAAUCCGUUCCAGACACCCAAAAGUGUUAAAAAAAUUUUUUUUUUUUUACAUGAAAUAUACAUUUACCCACACAGAAAACAAUGAGACAUGAAGAAUAAACAAUAACAACAUGACACUUACUUUUAUUGAAGACUUGAUGUAUGGGAGGAGGGGAGAGGAUGGAGGAGUUACUAGUGUUUGGAAGGGGAAUCCCCUUCCAUUAAAACUUCAGAUACCAAGUUCUUUUCCGGGGUUACUUCCCUUUGUUUUUUAAUGCCACUAGGACCAGCUUGAGAGUCGCUGGACUCCUGUUGCUCAAAAAAUUGUUCCAGGUUAUUAUAAUCAAAAAGAAGCGCCAAACCACAAGGACUAUACAGCAUAAAUUGUUCCAGAGAGCUCUGUUUCUGACUUUUCUUUAAAAUUUCCCUAAAAUGGGACACGACAUAAUCAUUGUACAUGUUGCCAACACGGCCUGCAACAGUUGUGUCAGGAUGAUGUUCAUCCGUAAAUGUUUGCACCUUCUUCCAUCUCUCUUCCUCCUCUGAAGCAGUUUCCUGAGGUGUGGUCUGUUGCUGUUGCAGAUGAAGGCCUUGCAGCUCUUAAAUGGUUAGCUCUUCCCUGUGGUCCUCCACUAACUUCCACAUCCUCGCCACUCAUCUCCAACCCCAUGAAAUUCCCCAAUGCCACAAUACUUUCCACAACUGCCAUAGGCUCUUCAGGGUCAGCCCCAAACCCUUCAAAAUCCCUCUCUUGGACACAUUCUGGCCACAGUUUUCUCCAGAGUUCAGAUUCUUGGAAGUCACUCCCUCCCAAGCCUUACCUAUAAGGGUUAUGCAAUGGAGGAUACUGAAGUGAUCUUUCCAGAACUCUCUUAGGGUCAGUUCAGUGUCCGAGGUUGUCAAAGCACCUUUGAAACAUUGCUUUGGUGUAGUUUUUUUUGAAGUUUGAAAUGACCUGCUGGUCCAUGGGCUGGAUGAGAGGAGUGGUAUUAGGGGGCAAGAACUUCACUGUGAUGAAACAAAAUUCCUCCACAAUUUGGUCAUCCAAGUCUGGAGGAUGAGCAGGAGCAUUGUCCAGUACCAGGAGGCACUCGAGCUCCAAUUUAUUUUCCAGGAGGUAUUUCUUCACACUCGGGCCAAACACUUCAUUGAACCAAUCAAGGAAAACUUCCCUCGUGACCCAUGCCUUACUGUUUACCUUCCACAUCACACAAUUUACUCUUGAUGACACUGUUUUUCUUGAACACACUGGAUUUUUAGAGUUAUACACCUUACUGGUGUAUCACUCUGAAAUCCCCACUAGCAUUACUGUAGAACAUGAGAGUUAGCCUGUUUUUCAUAGGCUUGUGUCCUGGGAGUGCCUUUUCCUCCUGCGUAAUGUAGGUCCUCUUUGGCAUUUUCUUCCAAAAGAGACCUGUUUCAUCACAAGUGAACACUUGUUGGGGUUUGAAUUGUUCAACCUCUAUGUACCCCUUGAAUUCCUGAACAUAUUUUUCAGCCGCAUAUUUGUCAGAACUUGCAGCCUCGCCAUGCCUUACCACAAUGAGUAUGCCACUACGCUUCUUAAAUCUCUCAAACCAACCUUUGCUGGCCUUAAAUUCACUAACAUCAGCACUAGUUCCAGACAUUUUCUUUACGAGAUCAUCAUGCAACCUUUUCACAAAUUAUCGACUGCAUAACACAAUCUCCUGCUGUUUUUGGUUGAUCCACACUAACAAAGUCUCCACAUAUUCAAGUAUUUGCGAUCUCUUGUUUUGUGAGCAUAUUUGCACCUUUCGCAACAACAGCUUCCUUGAUUUCCUUUUUCUUGGCCACGAUGGAAGCGAUGGUUGUAUGGGGUUUCUUAUACAACCUGGUAAGCUCUGCCACACGUACUCCACUUUCGUAUUUUGCAUUGAUGUCUUUCUUGAAUUCUAUAGUGUUUUUUGCCUUCUUUACCAAAGAGCUGGAACUAGAAGCUUUCUUUGGGCCCAUGGUGGCUUAUUUAGCAGUUGCAAGCUACUGGAUAAGUACAGGUCAGCCAUAGAAGUAGUCAGGUCUAAGGGAGGAAUCCCAAUAAAUAACAAAAAAAGGCACAAUACCGUGACGGGAACGAUACACAAAUAACCCGCACAUAGAAGAGAGGAGCUUACGAUGACGUUUCAGUCCGACUUGGACUAUUUACAAAGUCACACUGUGACUUUGUAAAUGGUCCAAGUCAGACCAAAACAUCGUCGUAAGCUCCUCUCUUCUAUGAGGAAUCCCAAUCUUGCCUAGAAAGGGAGUGGGCAAUGAAUGGAUGUCUAGGGCAAUUGGUAUAAAUUGCUGGCUAGACAGGUACUGCAAGGAACUUGCAAUCCCAUUCACUGAUAAUUGGGACAAAUUCUAUGGCAAACGUGAUAUGUAUGCAAGGGAUGGGGUUCAUCUCUCUAGGGCUGGAGUGGUUGCAUUAGUCAAUUCGAUUGAGAGGGUAAUUGAUGAUUUGUCUAGGACUUUAAACUGAUAGAUUAUAGAGGUAUGGGUGUUUGUGUGAAACAACCAGACUGCAGUAUUAGGGCUGAAAACAGCAGAUAUUACCAGGAUACCUCAGGGAUAUGUUUAAAAGACAAUAUUCAAAAUAAAGUUGCUAGUAAAGGCAAAGCAAUUGAUCAACAAACAAAGAGAGAUAGUAGAGGGCAACGAGUGACUAGCUCCCUUAAGGUUUACUAUACAAAUAGUAGGAAUCUAAGAAAUAAGAUAGAUGAGUUAAGAUUACUUGCAAGUGCAGGUAAUAUAGAUAUUAUUGCUAUAACAGAGACAUGGUUCAACCUGAAAGAUAAAGGCCUUCUGAAUGCAACAUACAGGGUUAUAAACUAUUCUACACUGACAGGGUCAACAGGAAGGGUGGUGGAGUGGCGAUGUAUGUCAGAAAAUUUAAAUUGUCUUAGACAUGAUAUACAAUUAGAAAUAUCGGACACAGAAUCUGUUUGGCUAGUUUCUCAAGGGUCGUGACAAAUUAAUUUUGGGUGUGAUUUAUAGGCCCCCAAACCUUCAUAGGGAGUGCAGUAAGCUGUUAUGGGAUGAAAUUCAUAAGGCAUCUAGAUAUGAAAAUAUUGUAUUAAUGGGAGAUUUUAACUUUAGACAAAUUGACUGGAACAAUGUGGCAAGAAAUAUCGAGUCUAGUGACUUUCUUGAUACGGUUCAGGAUUGCUUUUUAAAACAGUUUAUGACAGAAACAACUAGAGGAAACAAUCUACUUGACUUGGUUCUUGCCAACAAAGAAUCACUAAUUAAUAAUCUUGAGGUUAAUGAUGAGCUUGGGGAAAGCAAUCACAAAUCACUUAGUUUCAAUAUAUCAUGGAAUUACCCAGAUAACUGCAAUCAAAUCUCUGUCCCAGACUUUCGCUUGGCCGAUUUCAUGGGACUGAAAAAUUACCUGAGUAGGGUAAAUUGGGAUGUCCUGACUAUGGGUCAGGUAGGUGGUCUUGGUUGCCAAUAUGACAUUUUUCAGAGCAUAAUUUUAGCUGCCCAGACAACUUUUGUUCCGAGUAGGUAAAUUAGAUCUUACAAAAAUGAUCCAAAAUGGAUGAAUGAACAAUAGAUUAAAACAUCUCAUUAGUCAAAAGAGAGUCAUUUAUAGGCAUAUCAAAAGAGGGGAGGGGCAGUUAAGAAAUCAAUAUAUUCAGUUAGAGAGAAAUAAAAAAAAAAGGAAUAAAAUAAAAAAGGGAUUAUGAGGCUAAGGUAGCAAGGGAUUCGAAGACUAACCCAAAAUGGUUCUUUCAGGUAUACAGAAGAUUAGGGACAAGAUAGGCCCACUUAAGAGUAACUCAGGUCAGAUCACUGACAAUGAUAUGUGUGAAAUUUUCAGUACUUACUUCCUCUCAGUUUUUACCCAGGAAAAUACUAGCGAAAUUCCAGAAAUAAUAGAUUACGUAGAACAGGAUGAUAAACUGUGCACGAUUGCGGUAACUAGUGAUAUGGUUCUCAGACAAAUAGAGAAAUUAAAACCUAACAAAUCCCCAGGCCCUGAUGAACUGUUUGCAAAGGUGUUAAAGUAAUGUAAAGAGGAACUUAGCAUACCUUUGGCUAAUCUUUUCAACUUCAACAUAUCACUACAAACUAGCAUAGUGUCUGAUAAAUGGAAAAUGGCAAAUGUAAUACCUAUUUACAAGGCAGGUAACAGGUCCUUAGCUUUGAACUAUAGACCAAUAAGUCUUACCUCCAUAGUGGGAAAACUCAUGGAAUCAAUAAUUGCCGAAGCAAUCCGUAGCCAUCUUGAAAGGCAUAAAUUGAAUAAUGAAUCUCAGCACGGUUUUACAAAGGGGAGUUCCUGUCUUACGAAUUUACUAACUUUCUUCACUAAGGUAUUUGAGGAGGUAGAUCAUAGUAUUGAAUAUGAUAUUGUGUAUAUGGACUUCAGUAAGGCUUUUGAUAGAGUUCCACAUUAGAGGUUGAGGAAACUUAAGGCGCACGGAAUAGGAGAAAUUUUUUUCCUGGGUAGAGGCAUGGUUGACAAAUAGGCAGCAGAGAGUUUGCAUAAAUGGGGAGAAAUCAGAAUGGGGGCACGUCACAAGCGGUGUUCAGGGGUCAUUGUUGGGCCCCUUGUUCGGUCUACAUAAAUGACGUAGCUAAGGGAAUAAAUAGCGACAUAAGCAAAUUUGCUGAUGACGCCAAAAUAGAGCGUCCAGUUCAUUCUAAUGAGGACAUUAGAGCACCCUAAGAUGAUUUGAAUAGACUGAUGCAGUUUAAUAUGGACAAAUGCAAAGUUCUAAAUGUUGGACAGGAAAAUAACCAUGCCAUAUAUAAACUAAAUAAUGUAGAUCUUAAUAUUACUGAUUGCGAAAAGACUUAGGAGUUCUGGUUAGCAGUAAUCUAAAACCAAGACAACAGUGCAUUAGUGUUCGCAAUAAAGCUAACAGAAUCCUUGACUUCAUAGCAAGAAGUAAUCAUAAUAAAAGUCCUCAGGUUGUUCUUCAACUCUAUAUAUCUUUGGUUAGGACUCAUUUAGAUUAUGCUGCACAGUUUUGGUCACCGUAUUACAGAAUGGAUAUAAAUGCACUGGAAAAUGUACAAAGGAGGAUAAAGUUGAUCCCAUAUAUCAGAAAUCUUCCCUAUGAGGAUAGACCAAGGGCCCUGAAUCUGCACUCUCUAGAAAGGCAUAGAAUUAGGGGGUAUAUGAUUGAGGUGUAUAAAUGGAAAACAGGAAUUAAUAAAGGGGAUGUAAAUAGCGUGCUAAAAAUAUCUAACAUAGACAGGACUCGCAGCAAUGGCUUUAAAUUGGAAAAAUUCAGAUUCAAGAAGGAUAUAGGAAACCACUGGUUUGGUAAUAGAGUUGUGGAUGAGUGGAACAAACUCCUGAGUACCGUCAUAGAAACUAAAACAUUGUGUAGUUUUAAAAAUAGGUUAGAUAAAUACAUAAGUGGGUGUGAGUUGGACCUGACUAGCUUGUGCUACUAGGUCAGAUGCAGUGAUGUGUCUGACCUCACUAGGUCAAGGCAUUGGCUUAAGCUGGUGGGAGAAUUGGACCUGCCUUGCAUAGGCCAGUAGGCCUGUUGCAGUGUUCCUUCUUUCUUAUGUUCUUAUGAAUGCAUGGGGUAAUGGUCACUCCCUGAUAAACAAUAGCAGACUGACUGUGAAUGGUGUGGGAUGGCGUGUGGGGCCACUUGUACACGUUUGGGACGAACAACUAUUACCGAGGUAAAUGACGAUCACAGAGCCAAUAUUUUGACGAAAAAACAUUACGAUUACUGAAUAUUACGAAAUCCGAUGACUACGAUAUCCUGGGGUCCACUGUAUUUAAACAUUUGUAGCAUUCAUCUACUAAAAUUUUCUUUUCUGUUGAUUGUUUACCAUGCUAUAGGUUCUGUAAAUAGUUAUUACAACUGUUCACUAAUCUCAUAAAGCAACAGCAAUUGAUGACGCAGUAUUUCAGUUCAAAUAGUUUUGAAAACAAAUUAUUUUUUUAUAAUUCCUAAAAGUACUGACAUUAUAAUGCUGUUACAAAACAGAAGUUAAUGAUCACAGAGUGACAUUUGUGAAAUAAUAAUGUUAAAUAUAAUAGCCACUUUAAUUUGAGCUCAUGAAUUUUAUAAAUGAAUUUUAUAAAAAUGCAUGAACACUGACCACCAUAACCUGGGAUUAGGUCAGGGGUUUCAAAUAGAGUUAGAGCUAAAGAAGGAGUAGCAAUAAUGUUGAAGGAUAAGCUAUGGCAGGAAAAGAGGGACUACAAAUGUAUAAAUUCAAGGAUUAUGUGGAGUAAAAUAAAGAUUGGAUGUGAAAAGUGGGUUAUAGUAAUGCACCUGGAGAAGAGAGAAGUGUAGAGGAGAGAGAGAGAUUCUGGGAAAUGUUGAGUGAAUGCAUGGGGAGUUUUGAAUCAAGUGUGAGAGUAAUGGUGGUUGGGGAUUUCAAUGCUAAAGUGGGUAAAAAUGUUAUGGAGGGAGUAGUAGGUAAUUUUGGGGUGCCAGGGGUAAAUGUAAAUAGGGAGCCUUUAAUUGAGCUAUGUGUAAAAAGAAAUUUGGUAAUAAGUAAUACAUAUUUUAUGAAAAAGAGGAUAAAUAAAUAUACAAGGUAUGAUGUAGCACGUAAUGAAAGUAGUUUGUUAGAUUAUGUAUUGGUGGAUAAAAGGUUGAUGGGUGGGCUCCAGGAUGUACAUGUUUAUAGAGGGGCAACUGAUAUAUCGGAUCAUUAUUUAGUUGUAGCUACAGUUAGAGUAAGAGGUAGAUGGGAAAAGAGGAAGGUGGCAACAACAAGUAAGAGGGAGGUGAAAGUGUAUAAACUAAGGGAGGAGGAAGUUCGGGCGAGAUAUAAGCGACUAUUGGCAGAAAGGUGGGCUAGUGCAAAGAUGAGUAGUGGGGGGGUUGAAGAGGGUUGGAAUAGUUUUAAAAAUGCAGUAUUAGAAUGUGGGGCAGAAGUUUGUGGUUAUAGGAGGGUGGGGGCAGGAGGAAAGAGGAGUGAUUGGUGGAAUGAUGAAGUAAAGGGUGUGAUAAAAGAGAAAAAGGUAGCUUACGAGAGGUUUUUACAAAGCAGAAGUGUUAUAAGAAGAGCAGAGUAUAUGGAGAGUAAAAGAAAGGUGAAGAGAGUGGUGAGAGAGUGCAAAAGGAGAGCAGAUGAAAGAGUGGUAGAGGCACUGUCAAGAAAUUUUAAUGAAAAUAAGAAAAAAUUUUGGAGUGAGUUAAACAAGUUAAGAAAGCCUAGGGAAAGUAUGGAUUUGUCAGUUAAAAACAGAGUAGGGGAGUUAGUAGAUGGGGAGAGGGAGGUAUUAGGUAGAUGGCGAGAAUAUUUUGAGGAACUUUUAAAUGUUAAGGAAGAAAGGGAGGCGGUAAUUUCAUGCACUGGCCAGGGAGUAUACCAUCUUUUAGGAGUGAAGAAGAGCAGAAUGUAAGUGUGGUGGAGGUACGUGAGGCAUUACGUAGAAUGAAAGGGGGUAAAGCAGCUGGAACUGAUGGGAUCAUGACAGAAAUGUUAAAAGCAGGGGGGGAUAUAGUGUUGGAGUGGUUGGUACUUUUGUUUAAUAAAUGUAUGAAAGAGGGGAAGGUACCUAGGGAUUGGCGGAGAGCAUGUAUAGUCCCUUUAUAUAAAGGGAAAGGGGACAAAAGAGAUUGUAAAAAUUAUAGAGGAAUAAGUUUACUGAGUACACCAGAAAAAGUAUACGGUAGGGUUAUAAUUGAAAGAAUUAGAGGUAAGACAGAAUGUAGAAUUGCGGACGAGCAAGGAGGCUUCAGAGUGGGUAGGGGAUGUGUAGAUCAAGUGUUUACAUUGAAGCAUAUAUGUGAACAGUAUUUAGAUAAAGGUAGGGAAGUUUUUAUUGCAUUUAUGGAUUUAGAAAAGGCAUAUGAUAGAGUGGAUAGAGGAGCAAUGUGGCAGAUGUUGCAAGUAUAUGGAAUAGGUGGUAAGUUACUAAAUGCUGUAAAGAGCUUUUAUGAGGAUAGUGAGGCUCAGGUUAGGGUGUGUAGAAGACAGGGAGACUACUUUCCGGUAAAAGUAGGUCUUAGACAGGGAUGUGUGAUGUCACCAUGGUUGUUUAAUAUAUUUAUAGAUGGGGUUGUAAAAGAAGUAAAUGCUAGGGUGUUCGGGAGAGGGGUGGGAUUAAAUUAUGGGGAAUCAAAUUCAAAAUGGGAAUUGACACAGUUACUUUUUGCUGAUGAUACUGUGCUUAUGGGAGAUUCUAAAGAAAAAUUGCAAAGGUUAGUGGAUGAGUUUGAGAAUGUGUGUAAAGGUAGAAAGUUGAAAGUGAACAUAGAAAAGAGUAAGGUGAUGAGGGUAUCAAAUGAUUUAGAUAAAGAAAAAUUGGAUAUCAAAUUGGGGAGGAGGAGUAUGGAAGAAGUGAAUGUUUUCAGAUACUUGGGAGUUGACGUGUCGGCGGAUGGAUUUAUGAAGGAUGAGGUUAAUCAUAGAAUUGAUGAGGGAAAAAAGGUGAGUGGUGCGUUGAGGUAUAUGUGGAGUCAAAAAAACGUUAUCUAUGGAGGCAAAGAAGGGAAUGUAUGAAAGUAUAGUAGUACCAACACUCUUAUAUGGAUGUGAAGCUUGGGUGGUAAAUGCAGCAGCGAGGAGACGGUUGGAGGCAGUGGAGAUGUCCUGUCUAAGGGCAAUGUGUGGUGUAAAUAUUAUGCAGAAAAUUCGGAGUGUGGAAAUUAGGAGAAGGUGUGGAGUUAAUAAAAGCAUUAGUCAGAGGGCAGAAGAGGAGUUGUUGAGGUGGUUUGGUCAUUUAGAGAGAAUGGAUCAAAGUAGAAUGACAUGGAAAGCAUAUAAAUCUAUAGGGGAAGGAAAGAGGGGUAGGGGUCAUCCUCGAAAGGGUUGGAAAGAGGGGGUAAAGGAGGUUUUGUGGGUGAGGGGCUUGGACUUCCAGCAAGCGUGCAUGAGCGUGUUAGAUAGGAGUGAAUGGAGACGAAUGAUACUUGGGACCUGACGAUCUGUUGGAGUGUGAGCAGGGUAAUAUUUAGUGAAGGGAUUCAGGGAAACUGGUUAUUUUCAUAUAGUCGGACUUGAGUCCUGGAAAUGGGAAGUACAAUGCCUGCACUUUAAAGGAGGGGUUUGGGAUAUUGGCAGUUUGGAGGGAUAUGUUGUGUAUCUCUAUACGUAUAUGCUUCUAAACUGUUGUAUUCUGAGCACCUCUGCAAAAGCAGUGAUAAUGUGUGAGUGUGGUGAAAGUGUUGAAUGAUGAUGAAAGUAUUUUCUUUUUGGGGAUUUUCUUUCUUUUUUUGGGUCACCCUGCCUCGGUGGGAGACGACCGACUUGUUGAAAAAAAAAAAAAAAAAAACACAUAAAAAUGAACUGUGGGAGGAAUGGGUGGCUGUGAUGGGAGGUCAGAGACUGCAAAGUAGUUAAAUAUUGUCAAAGAAAUAUCAAGAACUUGCACUCUCAUAUCCAUAUAAGCUGAUCACAUGCUAUAAUCAACUCAUUUUAAUUUUUUUGUCUCCGAGCAUUUGCCUCAUGUCAAUAGGAUCUGUUUGUGCUUGUUCUCUGCUUUACUGAGUUUACUAGAUUUUUCUAGCAACUGGACACUUCAUCUUCUGGUUCUAUGCCUUUCUGCAUUGAACUACCAAAAGAAUGCACUAGUCAACCAAAGCCUCUGGAAUAGGCAAAGACAAUGGAUUUUGAAAAAUCUUAUGUUGUCAAAUUACCAAUUAUAUAUAAAGUUGUCUAUUUCACACAGUAUAAUUAGUACUAAUCAGUUUUUCCUGACAAAUGUCAACAUUUGCAAAUUACCUGACCUUGAAAAAUGAACCCUUCUCCAUGACUUCCCCGAUGCAUGGCAACUUAGAAUAGUAUCAUGAGUGACUUGCUUCAAUGCAUUGUCUCUAUUUUCCCAAAAUGAAUGGUCAUCUAACAUUAUUAUUUCUAGUUUUUUUACAUGUUCCCUUCAUUAUUGAGUCUUCAUAUGCAGUUGGAAUUUAAUAUAUUUCUUUCUGCCCACUGAAGACUUUGCUGCUAUUUUUUGUAAUAUUCUUUUCCUUCUAUUGUGGCAUUUUUUUCUGGCUGAUACAAAGCUGACAUUAGUGUUUUUAUCUACAUCUUCUAUAAAGAUGAGAGAGUAAAGGUACCAGGACUGAUUUUUUAUUCACUUCCACAAUGUUGAAAAAAAAAAUCUAUAUAAAUUAUCAAACCUUUCCUAUUAUACCCACUGAUGUUCUUUUACAGAUUAUCACUUCAAUCACAUAUGUCAAAUGCCUUUACUUACAUGUUCCAAAUGAGUUUGUCCUCCCUUCCUUUACCCCAUCUACCAGCCAUGUGUCUACCUGGUAAUGGUUUUGGGGAUCAUUGCCCCAGCAGCCAGGCCAUGUGGUUAAUAGCCCAAUCAAAAAGGCUGUUUGUGCUAACAGUCCAAAAUAAGCACAACCACUCUCUCCCUUUUUCCUUUGUUUCCUUCCUUCCCAUAUAUUUAUCUCCUUUUCCCCAACCUUUUCCUCCUAUAGCUCACUGGCAAGAGCAUUUGACUACAUCAAAGUUCCUGGUUUGAGUCCUAAACACAAGACAUAUGGGUGUCCAAACACUCCAACUGUCCCUACCCACCAACCAGUAAAAGUAGAUGUGUAUGUGUAUUUGGCAACUGUCAUUAAUCAGAUCCAGAAAUAGUUGCAAAAAUCUGUUUUGCUAGAAAUCAUAUCCUAUGUAAGGCUAGUACUACUGAAAGGGUUAAAGUGUUGCAUAAAAAGUAUCUGCACUAUGCAAUGUAAGCUGAUAAAGAAAACCUCUAUCUUUUUAUCUAUUUCUCCUUCCCUCACACUACUUUUCCAUUCCUUCAUACAUAUAUACAGGAAGGCCCCACUUAUACGGCGGGUUAGGUUCCAGGCUACCGCCGUAAAGCGGAAACCGCCGUAAAGUGGAACACCCUUUUUUUCCACUUACAAAUGCAUACAAACACUAGAUAACAAGUUUACACUAACAUAUAUUAUGUUAGCAAUAGAACCAGGCAUCAAAAAACAAUAAAAAAGUACAAUACACACAUAGUGCACUCAUUACUUACCUUAAAAUAUUUAUAGUCUUAAUCUAGGGUGAGACAAGUAGUAUUUAUUGUAAGAAAUCAAGUGUGGUAUGUAUUGUAAUAGCCAGGCUACCUCACCAGGCCACCCCACCCACACAUACUAUUCUAUGAUAUUUAAGCAUCCCAGAGCGAUAAAAUGUAUAUACAGUUCACUCAUUACUUACCUUAAAAUAUUUGUAGUCUUAAUGUAGGGUCAGGAGUAAGUAAAUGAGAUAAAACGAAUAAAUGAGAGAGAGAAAGAAUGAGUACAUGAGAGGUAACAGGCGCAGAGUUAUGUAAACAAACCAGGCUCCCACAUCUUAUAUUUAUGUUUAUUUAUUCUAUUGUGGGGUGUAUUUAUCAUCUUUUUAUGUUAUGUAUCGUGUUUAUUAUAUAAUUUUGAAAAAAAUAUCAUGGCUGGAUUAAUGAAUAUGUGUAUAUUACCGUAAUAUACGACAUUUAAUGAGACUCGGUGACUAUUGUUAUUAUGGCGUCACUUGUGGAAGUCGUCUGCUCACAUCUCACAUUUAUGUUUAUUUAUUCUACUGUGGGGUGUAUUUAUCUUAUUUAUAUGUUAUGCAUCGUGUUUAUUAUAUAAUUUUGAAAAAAAUAUCAUGGAUGGAUUAAUGAAAAUGUGUAUAUUAACGUAAUAUACGACAUUUAAAUGACUCGAUGUAUGUAAGUUUAUUUAGGUACAGGUAUACAUAAGUAUAAUUAUCAGAGUAUAUAUAAAAUAUGAAAUAACUUUUAAAAACAUUUGAAAUUUUGGAGUUUCCAGACAAAAUGGAGAGACUUAGUGCUUACUGAGCUCAUGGAGAAUGUAAACAAACAGGGUGGGGCACGGUGACCGUAUUAGAAAGUCAGGUGGGGGGAGCCGUAUAGUGAGUUUUGGUCAUAAUUUGAAAUGUCCAUAUUAGCGGAACGCCGUAAAGUGAAACGCCGUAAAGCGGGGCCUUCCUGUACUCUGAUUCUUCACAUCUUCUAUAUGCCAGUUUUUUUUUGGGUGAUCUGAUUUUAAAAUAGUUAUAUUGUUGUUUUACUACCAACUGAAAGAGAGCACAUUUCUCUAUCACCUUACCUUAUCCUUUUCUAUAUCGUGAUGUUUGUUUGUUUUGUGUGAUAUUCUAAAAGAAAGAUGCAGAUUUUGUCACUGCAUUGGUUUUGUUAAUACUGAUUUGCAGAAUAAGCUGAAGAUACACUGCUAGUUUAACAACAUAAAUUGGGAAUCCUUUACUUCUGAAGAUCAGAAAGUUUGCUUUGAUACAUGCCAAAUGAUGUGGUCUAAUACAUUGGCAACAGCUACUUGACUUGGUUAAAAUUCCAUUACUAGAGCUCUAGAGCAGAGGCAGACUGCAAAGGGCAUCUUCAGCCUAGUGGUUUAUGCUUGUAUUUCACUCGUUUAGCAGUGUACAUGCAAUGUAAAAUUAUGGCAGUAUUCAUAAAUCUUGUGUAUAUGGUACUACAUGGUAAUGCACAUAAUUACCAGUGUGAUAAAGGAAUGCAAAACAGAUAUACAGUACUGUACUAAAUGCAGAGUAUUGAUACGAAUCUCAAAAUUUUUCACAGAAUUUCAGUGCCUUGACUAAUGUAUGAUUUACAUGCUGUAAAUGUAUACUAUGAAAGGAUACAGGCAACAAGCAUUGGUGAAUACCAAUUUCUAUUUGAUUUGUAAUGUACUGUCUUAGAUUUAGAUUGUCAAGGUCACUUAUAUCAGAUGAAUCACAAAUUCUGAACACCUGCUGCCCCACGUGAUCCAAAUUAUAGAUAUUCAACUGGAAUACAGUAACAUGAGUGUUCAAAAAAUUUUGUAACUGCAGGAUAUAAGAUUGUGGUAUGAUGCCUAUUGCAUAUUUGGUGCAGAUAUGAAAUAAUACAACACUAUUAACAUUCAGUAUACAUGUACUAUUCUUUCUGUCAAAUCAUACCUCAUAGUUCGAAUAAUGAUACUAUAAUAAUUUUUAUUUCCGGCACUGGUACAGCAUACAAGAAAGAGAGACAAUGUUAAUGGCAAAGUUUGUUCUCCCUCGCUUUAAAGCACAAAAUAAAUAUACGAGUUUA